AUGCCGAGGCCAGGGCCAAGACCGUACGACUGUAUCAGAAGAGCUUGGCAUAGUGACAGACACCAACCAAUGAGGGGUUUGCUCAUCCAAGAGAUUUUCAGGAUUGUUUGCGAGAUUCACAGCCAGUCCACCAAGAAGAACACAGAAUGGCAAGAGAAGCUCCCUGUUGUUGUCUUGAGAGCUGAAGAAAUCAUGUAUUCCAAAGCCAAUUCUGAGGCUGAGUAUAUGGACAUGAAGACACUUUUAGACCGUACAAACGACGCCAUUAACACCAUAAUCCGACUCGAUGAAGCCACCGAAACCGGGGAAUUUCUUAAGCCUUGUAUUGAAGCUGCUUUGCAUUUGGGCUGCACGCCAAGGAGAGCUACAAGAAGCCAACGGAACAUCAACCCGAGGUGUUAUCUUAGCCAAGACUCAACUACUAACUUGGACAGCAUUUUCAUGAAACCAAACAGCUUUGCUCCAAAGAAUCUUCCAGUUCUAAGAUCACCGAGAGAGAAAUGCCCUGUCUCCAGCAAAUACUCAACCUACCCUCUAUGCUAUUCGUUCCAGGUUCCUUCUUUGCCAAGCUCCAACAAUGUCACUGACUCGUGCAAGUCGUCCAAGAACAGACCAGCGAGUGUUUUAGAUGCAAGAAAUGGGAUUACAUUUGGUGGGUGUGAUCUAUCUCUCCGCUUAGGCCCUCUUGGAGAUAUCAGAUCUCCGACUCAUAAACGGAGCAAGAUAAGCAGCAGCAGCAAGAAUAACAGCUGA